AUGUACGGCGCUAUUGAUAAUGAAAUUUCUCCUUCGCCAACGAUAGGUGAGACACCGACUGAAUUUAAAGUCUACAGACGACGAUGGCUUUAUUUAAUAUGUAUAUGUCUAGCCAAUAUGUCAAAUGCUAUCUUGUGGAUUAAUUUUGCUUCAAUUGCUAAUUUAGCAAAAAAUUAUUUUAAUGUUUCAUAUGGAGAUAUUAAUUGGCUUUCAUUAAUAUUUAUGGUGGUUUGUAGUAUUUUUACAUUACCAUCAACAUGGGCUAUUGAUCGAUUUGGUAUUCGAUUUGGAAUUUUAACUGGUGUUUGGUUAAAUUUAACUGGUGCAUGUUUUCGUGUCAUAAGUACAUGGGGAUUUGUAUCAAUUAAAAGUCGAUAUUCAAUUGUUUUUAUUGGACAAUUUAUUUGUGCAUUUGCACAAACAUUUACAUUAUUUAUUCCAGCUAAAUUUUCUUUUUCGUGGUUUCCAGAAAGUCAACGAACAUUAGCUACUAGUCUUUGUUUUGCAGCUAAUUUUUUUGGUGUUUUUGUUGGAACUGUUCUACCACCAAUUAUUGUUUCACAUGAAGAUAAAAUACCUUUAUUACUUUAUCUAUCGUUGAUACCAGCUUUUCUUGCAGCAGUUUUAUCAUUAACUGUUCGAUCAUCACAACCACCAACACCAUCAUGUUUAUCUUCACUUGAUGUAAAAAGUCCAUAUAAAUUCGUUUUUAAAAAACUUUUAACAUCAAAAUCUUAUUUAAUUUUAUUUUUUACUGUCGGAUUUGGUUUAUCAAAUAAUAAUACACUUUCAACAUUAUUACAACAAAUAAUGUGUCCAUUUGGUUAUAAUGAUAUUGCUGUAGGUUUAUGUAUUGGUUGUUUUAUUAUAUUUGGUCUUAUUGGAUGUAUUGUUAUGGGAAUUAUAGCAGAUAAAACAAAAAAAUUGGAAGAAUUAACAAAGAUUUUAUAUUCUUUUGGAGUUAUUUCACUAAUUUGUAUUGGUUUGUUCAUCAUCAAUGAAGUAAAAUCUUAUGGGCUUUAUAUUGUUUUUGCAAUAGCUGGUUUAACUAAUGCACCGGUACUUCCAUUAAGUCUGGAUCUAAGUAUUGAAACAACUCAUCCAGUACCAGAAGCUACUGUUUCGGGUAUUUUUUUGGUUGCUAGUCAAUUGGGAAGCAUUAUUGCUAUUAUUAUUUUACCAAGCUUUACACGUUCACCAUCGGCUCAUCAAAUGAGUAUUCAACAAUGUGAAGCUGAAGAUAUGAAACUUAAUGAUAUUCGAGAUUAUUCUAUUCCUGUGUAUAUCUUGGCUGUAAUUUCGGUUAUUCUUGUUAUUUGUUUUAUUUCAUUUUUUCACUGUGAAUAUCGUCGACAGAAAAAAGAUGAAAUGGAACAUAAUGCAAUAUCUAUUAAUACAGAUCCCGAAUUAACAUGA